AUGCUGGGGUUCGUGGUCGAUCAUGUUGUCACUAGGCAGGGCGUAGGAUGCUUUGAAGGCAUAUGGACCUUUUUGAUGUACACGGCGACGAUUGCAUGUGGUGCCAUUGUAAACGUCAUUAAUAUUGUCCGUUUUGGCGUAUUCGAUCACAUUACGUUCUAUCCCCGCUGGCUCCGAAUCCUGCUUCUCACCCUAACCGCCUUCUUCACCGCCGUGGGAUGGGGAUACGGCGCCGUAGCAUGGGCCCUCAUCCUUACAAAAGGAAGGGUCACCCAAUUCGAGAAAUAUGCAGCAUGGGGUGCCCUUGGGCUUCCACUCGUGUGGGACAUUCUUGUUGAUUGGGCCCUCGCAGUUGCAUCACUGAGAUUGGUAUUGAAGAUGCGGAAAAAUGUAGUGGAUCCUGGUGCUAGCAGUCGGGCAACGGCUGCAGACGUUGGACAAAGUCCACCGGCUCGUCAACCUUGGACAUUUAAAUCAUUGUUUUUGGCAAUUCCUACUGCGGUCUCCGAGUUACUCCAAUCCAGUGCAGGCGGAACAUCGACGACAGAUCUCCAUGAGAGCGCACCUUCGUCGGCGGUCCGCUCUUUACCCUCCACACGCGAUAUUCGCGCCUCUUCAGCCGUCGAUCCGUCGAUGCGUAAGCCUGUCCAAAAGAAACAAGACCGGAUCAUUAGCGGACAUAGCAUGGUCUUUGUGUUAUCUUUCAUGAUCCUCUUCUCUGGAUUGGCUAUAAUAGUUACCUUGGCCGAUGCAGCGAUAUACGGGAUGGUUUUUGGGGACGUCAUGCUCUUACUUUACAACGCUGCAAACCUGAUAUAUCUGUACGCUAUACCAAAGUUUGUACAGCAGAAUGCCGCAGCCGCCAGACGACGGUGA